AUGCCUGAUGUUGGUGAUCUGUUCCUCUAUUCCAUGCAGCCAACCAUGGAAGCAUUGAAGGGUCGGGCUCUGCAAUUCCAGUUUACGCGGUCACUGCUGCCGCAUAGCUCACUAAACAGUGUAACUUUGAAAAUGUCUAGCAAGCAGUUUGCUGAAGGCUCCUGCAUCUGGGAAGGCCAAGGUGCUCAGGAAAACCGUGUCUCUGGAGGUGAGGUGCACUUGGACGAAGAUGGUGUGGAGGUGGGAAAUGCAGAACUCAUGAGCAACAACACAUUACCAUUGUAUUGUUGCAAGACCUGCAACCUGGCUUGUCUGUCUGUGCACAGGUUCAACACUCACACCUGUCGCCUUCCCACUGAUGAUGAGAACACAACAUCAACUCUUUCAAACCGAAUUCUUAUUACCAACGUACUCAAGCUGCACAAACUGCGUAAGUUCGUGUGUGAAACGUGUGGUGUGGAAUACCGGACCUUCAAGCGUAUCACCUACCAUCUGCCGCGGUGUUCUCCUGGGCCUUACCCGUGUAAUGUGUGUGCACUCUUAUUUACCACACAGAAGGAGCUUAACUACCACAAGAAAAAAUUCCAUAAGGAUGAGAAGUGCUUUGUAUGUGAAGAAAGAGGAAAAAUUUUCCAAAGAAGAACGCCCCUACAGAAACACGCGCCAUCAAUCUGGAAGGAGUCCAACAGCAGGUCCUUCAUGUGA